AUGUCAGAGUUCAAACGCCGGCGAGAUGUCAAGAAUGGUUUCGCUGUUUUCGCCGACCUAGACAAAUUUCUCAGAAAUCUCUCCCUGCUCGUGUAUGAGUUUAAAUGUCGUCGAGCUAUGAAGGCGAUGGCCGGCAUAGUCAUGGAAUAUUUAUUAAUCAACGGGCAAUCAAUUAGUGACAUUUGCGCCUCCGGAAAGUACUCAAAAGAAGAUAUCGAUUCUUUGCAUCGACAUCUUAAGGAGAAACGUCCUCAUUUAUUGGCGGCACUGACAAGUUGCGUGGACAUACAGGAUGUCCUCCUGGAAACCGGCCGUAUCCCCGAUGGCGCGGGCCUCGACGAUUUCGUUGAAAGAGUGAAAGAAGCCUUGGAAACAGACCGGGAAGAAGCCGCUCAGGACAACUGUAUUUGGGCUUCAGUACGCAACUCGGGCCCAGUAAUCAGGGAGAAAUGGGAAAAAGCAGCGCCUAACGGUACGGCUGGGAAUCAAUGGGCAACCCCAAAUCUCUACAGCCAGUGCCUCCAAGAGCAAUAUUUCUUUCUAUAG